AUGUACAAAGUCAGGGCCGUCUUCGACUAUGUGUCUAACCACGAAGACGACUUGGGCUUCAAGGUCGGCCAGAUCAUCUCCGUCACCGAGGAGGAGGGCGACGACUGGUACGUGGGCGAAUACACCGACGACAGCGGCACCAAGCACGAUGGCCUCUUCCCCAGGAACUUCGUCGAGCGCUACGAGCCAGAGCCGCCACCACGACCCAACCGAGCUUCGCGGCACAAGCCAUUAGAGCAGCCGCCUGUGCAGGAAGCCCCUCCCACGCCCCAAAUACCGCAGCAGGAGCCAGAGCCAGUGCUGCCUCAAGAACCAGAGCCGCCAAAGCCCCAGGCCCCUCCCAUUGAGGUGCCCAGCGCCGCCAAAACAACACCGCUGCCCAUGUCGCCCAUGUCGCCUCGCUCUGCGUCGAGCGCAAAGGCUCCGGAAGCCCUGCCGCCGCAGUCGGAGUCGUCCAAGCCCGCUCCUCCCGCGAAGAAGGCUCCUCCGCCUGUCGCUCCCAAGAACAAUGCCUUCCGGGACCGCAUUGCUGCUUUCAACAAGCCCACUGAUCCUCCGCCCAAACCCUUUAAGCCCUCUGGCGGCGCCCCUAGUUUCAUCAAGAAGCCCUUCGUGGCUCCCCCGCCGAGCCGCAAUGCCUACGUUCCUCCCACUCGAGAGGCUCCACCCGUCAAGACCUACCGUCGCGAAGAGGAUCCUGAGAUUGCAGAGCGUCAGGCGCAGACCCAGAACGAUGCGGAGCGCGCGGGAUUGGUCGCGCAUGACAAGGCAAAUGCGAACGAGGGCGAAGAAGAGCCACAGCCCAAGAUUAGCCUGAAGGAACGCAUCGCUCUGCUGCAGAAACAGCAGCAGGAGCAGGCAGAAAGGGCCGCGGCUAUGCACAAGGAAAAGCCAAAGAGACCGCCUGUGGCCAAGAGGACUGAGUCCCAAGACGCACCCGCUGAAGACAGCGAGGACACUGGCCUCGAGCGCGUGACAAGUGGAGCUUCCAAGGGUCGUGCGUCCAUGGACCAGAAUCGCCCUCCGCGAACAUCGCACGAUAUCCGCUCUCCAGACGCGCUCAACCGUGACCGCGAUCUCCUCAGCGAGAACGACGCUGACCAAUCAGCAGCUGGAGAUACUGAAGAUGCUGGACGAGAAUCCACAAGUGUCGAAGAGGACCAGGACCGACCGAAGAGCAGGCACCCGCCGCCGCCACCUCCCAGAGCACCCACUGCCCCAACGGAAGAGCCCAACGUUGGUGAUGAGCAAGACGUGCCCGAAGAAGAGGAGGAGGAAGAGGAAGACGAGGAGACUGCCGAGCUGAGACGGAAGGAGGAGUUACGCGAGCGCAUGAGGAGAUUGGGCGGUGGCAUUCCCGGCAUGCCCGGUAUGCCUGGUAUGUUCGGAGGUGGUAUGCCCAUGGGCGGUGGUCUUCCACCGAAGAAGAAGAAAUCGACCACCGAGAAAAGGCCCGAAGAAACUGAGGAGUACAGCAUGCCUCAGCAACGAGUUCCUAUGUUUGGUAUGCCUGGUAUGAUGCCCGUCCGAAGCCCAGAACCUGAAGAUCGCACGCUUUCUGUCGAGAAGGAGGAUGAAACUUCGCACCCCGUCACAGGCACUCACUCAGCGAACGAAGUGCCAGACGUAGAGGAGGUUGCAUCUCAGCCGGCCCGGCCAACUACUGGCGAUGGUCCUCCACCUGUUCCAACAGACCGUAAGUUUAUCAUUCCUCGCAAACCAAUCCGCGCUUUUGUACACCAUGCCCAAGGCCGCCUGCAGUCGCCAUCUUCCGAGACCUUAUCGAAGACAUAUGUCACUUAUGACGGUCUGUCGGAAUAUGUCAUGACUUACCUAGCUCGACCGGUACCGCCACCUCCUCCGCAGGUUCUCUCUCCUGGGCCCGGAUCUGAGUCUGGUGAUGAGAUGACCGACACUGCCCCUACCCCGUCUGCCCCUUCCCAGCCAUCCAAUAGGCGGGCUUCGUAUUUCGCUUCUGGCGAGCCAGCUCAGGAUCUGGCAGAAAGACGCGUGCCUCCCAUUCCGUCAGCGGGUCCUACAUCGCCUACAAUGAGCCGUCCGCCUCCGCCACCUCCACCAACGCAGGCACCUCCAUCGCGCCAUGAAGAUCUUCCGAUUCGCAAACUGGACCGUAACGAGGGCGAGACUGACUACGAAGGUGACUAUGACACCGACAUGGCGCCCGAGGCAACUCACAAGGACGCCUUGAAGUCACAUGCUCGCGAUUCCAGCGUAGAAGACAAUACCUUGACGGACGAGCCAACUUCAGCACGCUCGCCCACUAUUCCUCAGGGAAUGCCGCCUCUGCCUCCUACUGCACCUCGUGCAGUUCCGCCUCCACCACCUCAACAGGGGCCCAGUCGGCCAUCAACAGAUGCCCCCCGUGGUGCACCGCCUCUCCCACCGGUACCACCACCGACUCGCAGCGCCCCUAUGGACGAUGACGAUGAAGAAUAUGACCCUUUCAAGUACACUGGCCCACCCCUUCCGCAAGCCGCGGCGCCUCCAGCUCCUCGAGCAGUGCCACCGCCCCCACAAAGCCAGCCUCCUCCCCCGCAGAAUCGCCCACCACCACCCAUGCCACCAUCGAUGCCUCCUGUACCACAUCGUCAAGCGGGUGAAUCAGAUGAAGAGGAUGAUUUGUACUCUUCCCCGCCGGCUCGGAAGUCUCACGAUAGGCCACCGCCUCCACCACCUCAGGCUCCUCCACACCAGCAUGCACCUCCGCCUCUUCCACCUCUACAAGCUCCGCCUCCUCCAGCUCAAGAAAGAAUGGUCCCGCCGCCACCGCAGGAACGUCCAGUUUCUAUGUUCUCGCCAGUCGCAACGGAGGCACCGCCUCGGAUGCUGAACACUCGGAAGUCGCUUGAUGCAGCCCAAAUGCUGACGACUCGAUCUUCCAUGGAUCAGCCUCGCCCGGCAACGAAUCAAGGUUUCAUUGCAAACGAUAUCGAUUUGGGGAUGUCGUCGCAUUGGUGGACCCAGCCCAAGCUACUUCCCCCAUCACUCCAAGCUCGCAAAGACGUCCUGGUAGACAUGAAGGAGUCGCAAUCAGGCAACACUGUGGAGAAACUCAUCAAAGUUCUUUACCUUGACUACUCACAAACGAUCAUUUCCGCCCGCUUCGAGUCCACCAACGUCUCCGACGUGGAUCUUGAACAGCGCAAUGAGCCGCCGCCUCCAAGCCAGCGUCCUGAUCAGCUGGAGAACGCGUACGAGCAGUUUGGUCGCACGAUAGCCAAGACUAUUGAGUCGAAGCAGAACACUGUCGUAGGCAAUGGCACGCCACAGGGACUGAUUGAGGAGCUGUUUAAGCCCUUCAAUGACGCACUGCCCCCAAUUUCAACUCGCUCCUACGGCGCGCUUGUGUACGCCAACCUAGCGAACGCGUCAACCCAAGUAUAUGAUGAGAUUCGCCCUGGUGACAUCAUCAGCUUCCGCAAUGCAAAGUUCCAGGGUAAGACUGGGCCAAUGCAUGCUAAGUACGCGAUGGAUGUUGGGAAGCCGGAUCACGUCGGUGUUGUUGUCGAGUGGGAUGGGAGUAAGAAGAAGGUAAGGGCUUGGGAGCAGGGACGUGAGCACAAGAAGGUCAAGCCAGAGAGCUUUAAGAUGGGAGAUUUGAGAUCAGGUGAAGUGAGGGUGUGGCGUGUAAUGAGUAAGAGUUGGGUGGGCUGGAACUGA